GGCUCUGUAGCAGCUAAUCUGACAGUCUUCCUGCAUGUCGUCUCCUCGCUACAACAGCCACUACCGACCCCUACUUCGCUUAGCAAGAGCCCGAGCACCGCUGACUGCUAAGCACAGGCGCAGAGGUGGCGCAGGGCACGCAGCUCCAGCCGCCGCCGGCCGGGCGCGGGGCACGUGGGCAGCGGGGCGCCCUCCUCCGCGCGGGCCCCCAUAAAGGCGGCGCGGCCGGCGGGGCAGGGCAGGGCGCGGGGCUCGCUGGCGGGACGGGGCUGAGCGGCCCAGGCCGCUCGGGUCGCGGCGCCGGCUCCUCCCGUCCACUGCCGAGGGCUGCCGGAGCCCCGCGCCGUCCUGCCCGGGCAGCAGCAGCAGCAGCAGCAGCAGCAGCAGCAGCAGCAGCCGCCGCCGCCGCCGCCGCCGCGGCCCCAUGGAGAUCUCCCUCAAGUACCUGCCCGGCGGACGGGCCGCCGCCAGCGGAAAUAUGAUGGCUCAGUCAGAUUUAGAUCUAAAAGAGACGGCUCUGAAAGAGGAUUUGAAGUUUUACUUCAUGAACCCCUGUGAAAAAUACAGAGCAAGACAUCAAAUACCAUGGAAACUGGCUUUGCAGAUUUUGAAGAUACUUAUGGUUACUACACAGCUUAUUUUUUUUGGUUUGAGUAACCAGUUGGUGGUCUCUUUCAAAGAAGAAAACGCUAUUGCUUUUAAACACCUAUUCCUGAAAGGCUAUUCUGGAGUUGAUGAAGAUGACUACAGCUGCAGUAUAUAUACACAACAGGAUGCUUAUGAUAGCAUUUUUUAUGUUGUUAACCAGUACAGGCAAUUAAAGAACAUAUCCCUGGGGACACUUGGUUAUGAACGUGACGGAUCAGGUUUAAAAAUCUGCAAACAACAGUACAAGAAAGGCACAAUGCUUCCUUCCAAUGAUACGCUGAACAUAGAUGUUUCUACUGAAACAGAAUGUAUCUUUUUUAAGCCACAGGAGCUAGCUGGUAACAAGGCUGAACUGAAGCUCAACUCUUCUUUUUUCAAUCUUGAAUUUUACAGGCUCAUACAGGUUGAAAUCUCCUUCAAGCUGAAAGGCAUUGCUCUACAGACAAUCCAUGCCCGUGAAUUGCCUGACUGCUAUGCAUUUCAAAAUACUAUAACUUUCAAUAAUAGAGCCCACAGUGGAAAAAUCAAAAUCUAUUUUGAUAGUGACACCGAUAUUCGAGAAUGUAAGGACUGGCACAUACUUGGCUCUGUUCUCCAGAAAAACACUCAGUAUAUUCUAGUCUUUGAUGGAUUUGUCAUUUUAAGUUGCUUUGCUUCUCUCAUCCUCUGCACACGAUCCAUUGUUCUUGCCUUGAGGCUACAGAAAAGAUUUGUGAACUUCUUCUUGGAGAAAUAUAACCGUCAUGUCUGUCAUGCUGAUCGCCUGGAGUUCAUAAAUGGAUGGUAUGUCCUGGUAAUUAUCAGUGAUGUGAUGACAAUCAUUGGAUCAAUCCUAAAAAUGGAAAUAAAAGCCAAGAACCUCACAAGUUAUGACAUCUGCAGCAUUUUACUUGGAACUUCAACUUUGCUUGUCUGGGUCGGCGUCAUCAGAUACCUGGGAUAUUUUCAAACCUACAAUGUGCUCAUUUUAACUAUGCAGGCAUCACUGCCCAAAGUGCUAAGGUUUUGUUGUUGUGCUGGGAUGAUUUAUCUUGGCUAUACUUUCUGUGGUUGGAUUGUCCUGGGACCUUAUCAUGAAAAGUUUGAAGAUCUGAACACAGUGGCCGAGUGUCUGUUUUCUUUGGUCAAUGGUGAUGAUAUGUUUGCAACGUUUGCUCAAAUCCAGCAGAAGAGCACGCUGGUGUGGGUGUUCAGUCGGUUAUAUCUGUACUCCUUCAUUAGUCUGUUUAUAUACAUGAUCCUCAGCCUUUUUAUUGCACUCAUUACCGACUCCUAUGACACCAUAAAGAAAUACCAACAAAGCGGGUUUCCAGUAACAGAUCUACACGAAUUUCUAAAAGACCAUAGCACUGUUGGUUACAGAAAAGAGCAGACUUCCAUGCCAUUCAUCUGCUGCUGUAGGAGGUCUGUCUUGAUUCUUUGCCUCUCCUUUGGGAUGUUUAAAGAAGAGAGGUUAAUAACUGCAGCUUUCCCAGCAGCGCUUCUGGCCAUCAGCCUCUUAUCAGUCUGUGUGUACAGAGCACUGUGGUCCGUGGCUGGCGGUACUACUUCCUCUCUCUGCAACUUAAAUAUUUAGUCUUGAGGUUCUACGGUUUUGGUAGGUUUAAUGCUUUUCUUAAGACCCUUUGUUUGUACCAUAUAGCCUUGGUGUUUUAUGCGGGAUAUAUGAUAAAAAAUAAAACCUUAGAUGUUUCCACCACUGAUACGUCAAGAGUUGCCAAAGGAUCAUCUUGAUUCCCUUCACCCCACUCCCUUCCCUUUUCAGUCCAAAAGAUGAUGCCAUCAAAACGGACUAUUACUGGAAAUGACCAGAACCAUGGUAGAAGUAUGAGCACUGCUGUACUUUCCAUCAAGUUAACUUUAUGUAGAUGAAGCAGGCUUGGAGUGGAAAUGGAUGUGGCACUCUGCUCUCCUUAUUCUAAAAGACGUCGAAGACCAAGAUAAUGGGAUGAUGCUGGUUGUGCGUGCUUGAUUUUUCAGCCAAUUAUCUGAAAUUGGGGGUACUUAAGCUACAAAGAAAAAAAUACAGCCAAACACAACCAGAAGUAGAUUCUCUUGCUAAUAAAUAAGUUCUCUGGAUUAAAAACUUAUUCAUUGAGCCUUAUAGUUUUUUAAUAGUAACUUUUUUCAAAUUUGUAAAGCUGAAUUUAAAAAAUGGCUUUAAGGAACUGAGAAUAUACUUUUUCAAAGUGGACCAUGUAGCAUGCUGUUCAAAGUACAGGCUGUACCCACAGAAUUUCAUUAAUAAACAAAAUGUAAAACAGUUACUUCUGAGAUAAUUUGUCUCUGAAACCUGUUAAAUGAAUGUUGGCUUCCUUUGCAUCCUCUAAUAGUACCAGAUAAAAAAGCUUUAGUUUAGAUUGAGAUAUUUUGGCAUAACUUUGUGUUCUUUCUGUGCUUCCUUUCAGUUUGUUUCUCUAAAUUGGUUCACUUUUAAUUAACUUUAAUACUUAAUUGAUAUUAUAACAAAAAUCAGAGUACUUACCUCACAAAACUCCUUACAGUUACAUAUUAACGUUUUUGGCCUCUGCUGUGUUACACACCCUUUUCUGCGCUGGUAUUUCUUUCUAAGCUGAGGUAACCUGAAUGGGUUUCUUGGGUUACCGUGCAAUCAUUUGGCUGUGUUUUCCUCCGUGGCCAUACGUGUAUGCAGGGUGUGGAGGGGAACAAGGAACCGAUUCCUUCUGAACUGGUAUGUAUAGCUUGGCUGCCCAGCGCCCCGGCUUGCUUCUGCUGCCUGCGCCUUGCUCUUGGGAAUGAGGCGAGAGCACGCUUUUCAUAACAAGAAAAAGAAAAGCGGCACCGGUGGCUUAUCCGGAAGCGGAGGAAGGGACAGAGGGUGCUCGUGUCUGGCUGCGGCACGGGGUGCGGGUGAGCAAGAGUGCUGCCGCGUAGUCUGCAAGCCUCCAGACACCCCUUUCGUGGAACUGCAUCAAGGGCUGCUCGUUGGUUAAGUUUAAAAAGCCUAAGCAGUACGAGCAGAUAGGUAAUUGCUGCUGCUUAAUACUUCUCUGCAGUAACAGUUUGAAUGCAGAGAGUAUUUCAAGUGACUUGCCUCCUUGCUCUGCCACCAAUGCCUGUGAUCAGUCAGCAUGGUAAGCUCCGCUUUCUGAAGAGCGACUUUUGUAAUAAGUUUUGAAAUAUAGAGAUCUGUAUUUAGUACCUUGUCUUUGCUAGUGGUCAAGGGGAGGCAGGGAGAUGAAGUGCUCUGGCACAGGCUGGUGGCCUGCCCGCUUUGCAGGCUGAGCCUGGGCACAGCUCGCUCCUCUGUGCUGUCCCACGGACCUGCCCGGACUGUACCGGCUUCGCUGUCUCUCCUGUUCCAGGCCGUAUCACUUUAGAUGCUGAACCGCCCUGAAUUCCUGCGUGGAAAUCCCUGGGCCAGCUCAGGAAAAGCAGCAGUAACCCAGGCUGGGGUUCUGCCUGGGCAACCCUCCCUCGCCUCUGCCCCAGGGCUGGCUCUCAGUCCUGCUACAGCACCUCACCGCUACAGCUCUCCUCUAGGUUCAGCCCCGCUCUACGGACUUUGCAGUCUGGCUGCAGACUCGACUUGAAUCCUCUCACAGUAGCUCCCUGUGCCAACCCCGUGCUUGUCCGCUCCCUCCCUGUUGCAUUAAAACACAGGAGCAGGGCAGAAGCCAUCAAAGUCCCCCAAACUGAUGCCAACCCUUCAGUAAGGUCAUGGCCGAUGCGUUGAAACAGCUUGGUUUUUAAUGGACAGGAAAGAGGCAGAAAACCAGCGGCGUGUGCCAUGAAUCCCAUUAUGGCUUGCAGGCUAAAUUUUAUAAUGACCUUCUCAUUAAAAUACUGUUUGAGUUUUCCUUCAGAAAUGUCUGCGUUAAUAACAAGUAACUCAGAGCUGAUUUACAGGCCAAAUGUAACUUCGAAUCAAAGUGACUUAAAAGGUGGUUUUAAUCACAGUUUGAAUGUGCAAAAUCCUUGAUUUAAAUAACUGAUAUUAAAUCUCUUUAUAAAUAUACAGAUUUUUAGUAACUUGCUUGAAGUAAACUAGAUUGUAAUUGAAUAACAACUGUUAAAGCAUGUUAGCUUGCAGUCAGCUGAAGCUUUUGCCCAAAACAUUAUCUAUUUCACUAACUCUUUAUUUAGGUAGCUAGUGUGAUCCUAAAUAUUCAUGCAAAUUUUUUACUUUUAAGAAUGUUGAAGAACACAUUCUAACUGGAUACAAGUUGUACUUAGAAUAAUUUAAAAUUUAUUCAAAUAUACUAUCUGUAAGACAAACAGAGCUCAAGAUGUGCUGGAUUGGGAAGAAUUUUUGAUGUGUGCUUUUGCAUUUGAAAGCAGUUUAACUCAACCAAAUCCUUUGAGAUUUUUGGAACAGAUGAUUUCUCCCACUCAAAGCUUAUGUUUACUCAGAGCAGUAGAGGAAAACACACUUCACAGUCCAUCAGUUUCUGAUCUUUGUAGCCACUAUUGACUGAACUGAAGUAAUUAAAUAGAUUGAAAUAAGGAAAAGAACCUUUUUGACAGGGGUAUCCUUUUGGCGCUUGCAAAGUUUUGAUGUAUUUGCUUGCAUGUGACUUGUGGCGGGCUAAUAGCUCAACCCAUCUGUGGAAUAUGCAAUACGUGGUUUGUGCUGUCAAGCUUUUGGAGGUCUAUAUGGAGGGCUCUAAAAUACCGAGUGGCAUACAAGAGGUAAAUGGAAAUUCUUUGCUGUCCUUUCCCAUAAAACCCAAGAAGUAUUAAGCUCAUGAGAGCCACUUUCAAAGCAAAAGACAAUUCUUCAUGAAGUGAGUAGCAGGACUCAGGACUCUCUGCAGACUCUGGAAGACUGUUGCCUUUAUAAGGCUGGGCUGACUGGUUGAGCUGUUUAUCUAUUAUUUCAGUUUCUAUUAUUUUUAAAAUUUUGAACAAUAUUUUGCCUGAGUCUUCAAAUUUGUGUGUACUUAAAUACAUCUAAAAUAUGUAAUAGUUAAGGGUGUGGGGGGGAUUUUUUCUUUUUAAGUUUAAACCUGCCCUGAUAUUCACCUCUGAUUUGGCUGCAGAAGAGAAGACCUGGAGAAUAAAGUCCUGCAAUGUGUUAAACUGACAUGCCAGGAAAUAUGGGAUAUCCGAUCACACAUCUCUCGUGUCUGGUGUGGACUGGGGCAGGACCACUGAGGAUACAGCUGCAUCGCCCUGUGACAGCUGCACAGCUCCCCUGAGGUGACACUAGUUCUGCUGGGAGGACUUAAAAUAAAAUGAAGGUGUGAAAUAAACCACUGCCUGGAAGGAC